AUGUCAAUGGACCCCCCUCCGCCACCAGUUGUGUCCGGCGACGCUGAUGUCGCUGAUGUCGCUGUCCCUGUUGGCCCGCCCAAGGCUGCUCGCAGCGAAAGCUUCUCAUCGCACAAAUCCAACGACUCUCAAACCGCUGCUGAAUUCAUCCGUGAUCAGAUGCAAUUGGAAGCCGACGCGCGCGAGGCUCUUCCCUACAGCAUCGAGAACUGCACCAAUAUUCUUGGACCCCUACGUCAGAGCGUUUUUGCCUGUCUAACUUGCAAUCCGCCGCCCGCGAAUCCCAAGGACCCCUACGAUGGCGCAGGCGUCUGCUAUGCCUGCUCGGUUCAGUGCCACGGCGAACACACUCUUGUUGAGAUCUUCACCAAGAGAAACUUCACAUGCGAUUGCGGUACGAAGCGAUAUCCAUCUACAAGUCCCUGCAGUCUGCGGAUCAACCCUGCUACCAACACUAAGGGCGGCGUUCAUUCGGAAGAGCCUGACGCGAACAACAAGUACAACCAGAACUUCAGGAACAGAUUCUGUGCGUGUGAGUGUGACUAUGAUCCAUUCCAGCAGAAGGGCACCAUGUUUCAGUGCUUAGGCCUGGGCACGGCAGAGAACGGUGGCUGUGGCGAGGAUUGGUACCACCCUGGCUGCUUGGUCGGACUAGGCCCCAACUGGUUCGAUGGUAUGAAGAAGGAAAAGACGGCCAAACCCAUGGUUGAGACCACAGAAGCUGCAACAUUGCCAACAAUCUCGGAAGAUUCGGAGGCGCGGCCGGCAGAGGAGGCGACAGCCGUUGGCGUCAAGGAAGAAGAGGAUGACGAUGACGAUCCGCCGAUGCCACCCGGCUUCCCAGGCGAAGACGACUUUGAGGCGUUCCUCUGCUACAAAUGUGUCAACGCCAAUCCAUGGAUCAAGAAGUACGCCGGUGCAAAGGGAUUCUUGCCCGCCGUCUACUCGAGUCAGAAGCAAGAGAAGGCUCCCAUCGUCGAUGAAGCUCCCAUCACCGAAGAAGCAAACAAGAAACGAAGGAUGGAUGAUGGUUCUGAGCCGGAGGCCAAGCGACUGAAGGGCGAUUCUGAACCAUCGGAGAACAGACCUGACGACAGUGUCGCAGUAGUCAAAGAAGAGACGAAGGAAACCUCGACUACUUGCAAGUGGGCAGCACUUGCAUCCCCGCCAGAGGGGGAGUUCUCGCUCUUCAUGAAGGAUGACUUCCGUGAAAACUUGUGCCGUUGCUCAGCAUGCUACCGCAAGCUGGACGCGAACCCGCAGCUGCUGGAGGAGGAGGAGACAUACGAGCCGCCGCUUUCAGACGGUGCAGACUCGGAGCGCAUCGGAUCGACUAACGGCAGCGGCAGUCUUUUAGAGCGUGGCGAGAGUGCUCUGCGAAACGUUGACCGCGUUCGUGCGAUUGAGGGAGUCAUGGCGUACAAUCACCUCAAGGAGCAGCUGAAGCCAUUCUUCCAGCAGUUUGCGGAGAGCGGCCAAGCGAUCGGCGCAGAGGACAUCAAGUCCUACUUUGCCAAGCUCAGAGGCGACGAGCAGGCCAUCAAGGACGCUGGAGAAGCAGCCAAUGGUUCGAAGGACGAUGAGGGUGAUGAUCAGAGACGGGAACAGAGUGGUUAUUGA